AUGAGCUCCUCGGGGGUACCCAAUCCUCUCGGGGGACUGCCCAGCCGAGUGGCACCAGCCAAGAAGCAGACGGUGGAUUCAUCAUGGCCGCUUGCAAAAGACACGGCUGCUGCGUCCGCCUCUGCGUCUACGUCCACGGCCACCGGUAAGAAGAAACAACAACGCGGACAAGACACCGACGUCCCUCCACCACUCAACACGGCCUCAACAUCCAAGAAGGCCGCCCAGACAGCAGCAGCAGCAUCAUCAUCAGAAGUACCACCACCCCCUCCAGCUAGGGGCCUCCCCUCGGAGAAAAAGAAAAAGACGACAACCGCCGCCUCCCGAUUCCCCAUCAUCGAAGAUGAGAUCCCCAUCAUGAUGGACCUGCCGUCCACCACCAAGAAACCCGCCAAACCACAACAACUCCCCCCACUCUCAAUGAAAGACCUACCCUCCAGUGCCUCCCUCCCGCGCUCAGCCGUCGCUCCCACCAAAGAAGUCCCCCCCACCACAUUCCCAGACCCCUCCAUGCCCAAACCCCUACGUCUAGGCGGACAAAAGACCGACAAGUCCGCGGUUGGUGGUGCAGCAGGAGGCGCUCAAAAGCUGUCCGACUUACCCGAGCAGCCCGGCCCUGCACCCUCGGGGUCUCUGCCGACGCCGUCGUCACGCUCGGCGGGGAAGAAGAAAGUCACUAUUGCUGAUGUGCCGGAUCAGGAUCUGCCGCAGACACAGCCGUUGCGGUUGGCGAAUGCUACGUUCAAGCCGCCGGGGAAUGGCGCGGCUACGGCUGCUGCUGGGCAGACGGAUUUGAAGCUGGAUACGAAGCUGGAGGGUAAGGUGGGGAGGAAGGCUGUGGGUACGGCUGCGGGCGGUGCGACGCUGGACACACCUGUGAAGUCAUCGACUAGGGGGGGGAAGGCGGGCAAGGCAGCUGCUGGUGUGGUUGACCCGGUUGAUCCGUUUAACCCAGCUCCGCUUGAUACUAAGACAGCCGGGGGCAAGGCGGGCAAGGCCAGGGGUCUCGCUGGCGCGGUUGACCCCGUUGAUCCCUUUAACCCGGCCCCUCUCGACACCAAGAUGGCCGGGGCCAAGGCUACCUUGGAUACACCGGUGAAAUCAUCGACCAAGGGAGGUAAAGCCAAGGCAGCCAAUACUUCCGCUAACGUGGUUGAGCCCUUUGAUCCCUUUCAGCAAGCUCUACUUGAUUCCAAGACAGCCGGGGGCAAAUCCGCGUUGGAUACACAGCCCAAGUCAUCGACCAAGGGAAAUAAAACCAAGGUAACCACUGGCUCAGUUGGUUACGUUGAUCCCUUCAAUCUAGCCUCAUUGGACCCCAAAGCGGCCGGGGGCAAGCCGGGCAAGGCAGGCAAAGCAGCCGCUGGCGCGGUCGAUCCCGUUGACCCCUUCAACCCAGCGCCGCUGGAUACCAAGACGCCCGGGGCUAAGGCUACCAAGGCGAACCCGUUCCGUCUCGAUCCCAUGUCUGCAACAUCCCAGGCCACAUCAGCCCAGGCUAUACCCAGCGGCAGCGGCACCGGAAGCGGCCCUUUUACGCGGAAACCCCUGGGCUCACCACCUCGGACGGCCAUGCAAAAGACUCCGCCUCUUGGCGGGUUUCCUGCCUUUCCUGCCGGGACACAGUCCAAGGCGGGACAGGCCGGCGCCAAGGGCUCUAAAAACCCUUUCCGGCCUCUCCAAGGCGACUCCCAACAACCGCAGCAAAUGGGCAACGUCGCAACCUACGACGAUCCGUUUGGCCAAGCUGCCGCCGACGCCUACACCCAGCAGCAGCAAGACCAGCUACAGGGGAAACCACUGGGUCAAACCGGCGCCCAGUCUGUCUACCGGCCUAGCGCCGUCAGCCCGCCCCCUCCUGCAGCACGCGGGACACAAAGGACGGCAGCGGGCAAGCCCGGCUUCGGACAUGCGCCUUCGAGCUCCCUCGACUCGAACGACUCGAUGGGGAGUUCGGCUACCGCCACAAGCAGUAGUCGUCCGCUGAACGGUGCCGCGGCUACACAGCGGGGGAACACAGCCGGGACCUACGGGAACCCCGUCGGCGGAGGUGGCUACAACCAGGCCCAGGCGGUCCCAUCCCAACAACAACAACAACAACCCUACAGACAACAACAAACUUCAACCUUCAACCAACCUAGCACCAAACAACCUCCACCCCCCGCCCGCACCCGCACCGACGAAAAGCCCUACUACCCCAACAACGAGCCCCCCAGCGAAGGCCAAACCCCCUACAUGAACAUGCUCCUCUCCCUGGACCGCAUCCCCCGUCUCCACAACAUCCUCGUCUCCUUCUUCGUUUGGAUCCUCCUCGCGGGGUUCAUCAUCCUCCCCGGGUCCUUCACCAGCACCAAACGCAAAGAAGACAACGCCACCGUGCAAAUCCCCAUUGGCGGCACCGGCAGCUCCUCCACCUCCACCGGUGGUAACAAAGCAGCAACCGGGGGUGGGAAACUCUCACUAACACCAGCCAACACAGCCGCGCUGGUAAUCGGUUUCCUCUGCCUUCUAGCCGGGACCUUCGGCUCCGCCUGGCUCGGUCUCCGCUGGCGGCGAAACUAUGUCUGGCUGCUCAACAAGCUCUACAUGCCCCUGACCCUGACCUGCAUCGCAGGCCUGAUAGCAACCAUAACAGCAGUCUACACCCAACAAGCAGGGGAAUGGGGUCCGCAAGCCGUUACCACGGCCGUCGUCGAAGCCGUCGAACUGGCCAUCAGCUUGGGACUGUUCUUCAUAUAUAACUACUGGUUGUUGAAGCGGGUGAGGGGGGAGCAUGUUGAUUCAUAUGACGAUGGGGAUAUGAAGGGGAUGAGUAAGAAGGAGAUGAGGGCGGAGAAGAAGAGGAGGAGGAAGGAGAAAAAAGCUGCGAGGAAGGCUGCCAAGGGGAAGGGGAGGUGGGGGAGUGGGUUUUUUGCGAGGUUGAGGGGGGUGAGGAGGAAGAAACCUUAUGCGGCGGGGAGUAUUGUUUAG